AUAUCAGGGCAGAGCCAGGCCCAGAGAUUGAAUUUGUUUGAAUGGAGAAUUGCAGAUGAUCACUUCAACACUUGGUUCGAAGCAGAGGAAAAGGAGGCGUUGGCGCAACGAGAAGCCAUUAGUGGCACUGUUUGCAAAAGCUACGGUGCUCUGCUGUGUGCUGUUUGAUUGCCAGCCAUACUGAGGAAUUUUGCAGGCAGGGUUUGUUUCAAAAUAAUCCUUGUGAAAAGCGAUGGAGGGGGAGAAAACUGAGGAACAGCUGCGGGGCGAAUUGGCGCUUUUGGAGGAGCAGCAGAGAGAGGUUGAUCAACGCCUCCGAGAGCAACGGAACAUUCUCAGCAGGGGGCGUGGUGCACCAGGCGGGGGACCCCCCGGGAGAGGCAGAGGAUUCGGCGGAAUCUAUGCAAGGGGCCGGGGGGGUUUACUGCCUCCGGGGGGGAUGGGCCGCCCCAUGAGAGGCCCCCCCUAUCAAGCGCGGCCACCUCUUAGAGAACCAGAAGAUUCUCUAGCCCGAAAGCGGCUCUCGUCGGCAAUUGUUAUUGACGAUGUUUCCGGAACGAACGCAGAGGCGGCUCCUCCGCCAAAGCGGCGCCAGCUGUCGUCAGUUGUAGCCCGCGCCGAUGGAGAGGGACCCCCCCAGGUGGCGAUGGAUCAAGAACCGACUGCGAGGGGAGGGACGGAAGCUGGUGUGUUGGAAGAGACGAGAGGGGAGCCGCACCCGCCUCAGCAGAGAGAUGGCCCCCGACGAAACUUUCUGACGCGAGAUGGUUUGGGCCCAAAUAAGUACGACCCCCCCGAGGAGGCGGCGGCGCCGCCCCGGGUGGUCCCGGAGAUCAGCGCUCCCGAAGUGAAGCGGAGCCGGCGGCUGUUUGGCGCGCUGCUCGGUACGCUCGCGCAGUUCAGGAAGGAGGACGAGAAGGAGAAGAGCUCGGACGCGCACAUGAAACGGCUGACGUCACAGCAGCGGGCGGAAGAACGAACACGGGAGUUGCAAGACAAGGCGCGGAAGCUCGAACGGGAAGCCGCUUUGGCGAAGCGAGAGAAGGACCUGGUAUUGAGAAACCGGCUCGCGGCCAAGACGGACGAGAAGCAGCUGGAGAUCCUGUUUCUAAAGUGGACCGCGCACGAAAAACAGCUGACUGGGUUCCUGAGGACAAAGACUGAGCCGCACCUUUUCUACGUCCCCGCCAAGCACAACGAGGCGUCCCAAAAACUGUUCGACGUCCGGCAGCAAGAGUUUGAAGAGUGGCGCGCGUCGCGGCGGGCGGAGCUCACCCAGUACGAGCAGCAGCUGCAGGAGGAAGCUCUAAGGGUUCCCGAGUCCGGGCGGUGGGGUGCUGACGCCUCUAAAAGUGCCAUGCCGGAAACUGCGCCGGGAAUUGCGCCGGAGGCUGUGGCAACGGCAAGAAAGAUGGAUGUGGACGAUGGGGGGCAUGGAGACUAUAUGGAAAUUGGCCGUGAGGAGAAGGGACACGAGGGGCCGGAUAACGGGAUUGCGGAGGGCGCAAAUGGGAACGAGGGGGAAGGAGACGAGGCGAUGAGAAAAGAGCCGAGAGUAAAGUCGAAAAGCGAGCGGUUGAGUAAAAUCCACGAUUCGGAUGAGGAGGAGGAGGGGUAUGAUCCGACGGACCUGGAUAAAUUGCUUGUAGGUGACGAACAAGAUGACGAGCUCUAAGCAUUGAUCGGCAUGCUCGCGGUUCCCAAGGUAUCGAUGAGAGCUAUGGCAACACCUGCUCCUAAUCAUACUUGAAGCCUUCUCGCGACCUCCGUACGAGCCAAUCCGUAAAUACCUCAUGUUCACUCGAAGGCUCGUCAAGCAAGCAAACCUGUACCUGCAUUCAGAAAUUGAUCUUCAUUAGUACAGUUACGACGGUAGCUGCCGUACCUGUGGC